UUAACGAGGCAAAUAUUUUCAGAAUUUCAGAAUUUUUAUUGGCCGUGCCGCCGUAGUCUAGUCAAAUAUCGAAGUUCUUUUCUCGCCGCCCGGCAACCGCUACGGAAGAAGACUGGGUAUUACUGUAUCAAUAUAUAUAUUGAGAAAAUCUAAUUCAGAAUAACAGAGAAAUGAAGAAGAAAGAGAAUGAACUGGAAAAAACCCAACCCACAAAACCCACGGUAAGGAAGAUUUUUGGAACACAGCAAAUUAGUGAAGACGAUGCUUUAAGCCUUGUUGGAGGCAUAGUCGAAAAGGGUUUUUCAGAUAAUUCUCAGUUCAGGUCAACAGGACCAUCGUACGCGCCUCGCCCAACCGUUCUUCCUUUUCCGGUGGCCCGCCACCGUUCUCAUGGCCCACAUUGGUCUGCAAAGGUUGGGGGUUCUAAUGGUAUUGAUGAUGAAGAUGAGGAAGAGGAGCAAGAUUUUACUGGGAUGAACAUGGCUGCCACUUUUGCAAAUCCAGUACAAAGGAAAGAGAAGAAAGGUUUGGAUUUUAGCUGGUUGCGAGAGACAGUGAACAAUAAUGGUGGUUCUGUUCCCCAUGAGAAGAAAAGGCAGGGGUAUUUAAUUGGGUCGAACGAGUGGAAAGGGGGUAAAGAAGCGAAUUAUAAAAAUUCUGAUGGCUCAGGCAGGUGGAUCCUUACUCAGGAUGAUGCCCCGUUAACUAGAGCUGACUUUGAUGCAAAAGAGAAGGACGUGACUAUGGAGGACAAGGUUUCCAUAAUCCCAGAAGAGGUCAAAGAGAAAAGGCAAGACGUGUUGGCCAUGGCCAUAGAUGACGGACAAAGUAACUUUAAACAUAGUGCUGCUGAGAAUUUUGUCCAAACAAAGGAAAGGCCAAGGAGUGGAAUCAUUGAAGAUCGGGAAGGUAUUAAGGGGAAUAUUGAGCCUCAAUUGCUGAAUAGGCCAAUUAAAGAUAUUGACGUGGAUAUGGAGAUGCAAUGCAGGCCAACAACACAUUUUGAUUCUAGUUUUGGUUACGAUAAAUUGGUAGAUAAACAAGCGGCCACAAGUCUUGAAAGUCAAAUUGAUCUUGAGAAUCGUGCUCGAUUGGAGAAAAUGUCCUCUGAUGAGAUAGCAGAGGCUCAAAGUGAGAUAAUGACAAAGAUGAGUCCAAAAUUAAUAAACGCAUUAAGAAAAAGGGGCCAGGACAAGUUGAAGAAACAGAAGAUUUCUGUCUCAGAUAUGGGUUCUAAUGGCUCAUCAGGCACUGAGCAAAAAGAGAAAAAUCUGAUUAACGAACCUGCAAUGUCUGGUGCUAGUAGUAGCUCCCAUGAUGUUCAGAAAGCUGCUUCUGCAGACUCACUGAUAGAUAAAGAUAAUAAGGUCGUCCCAAAUUUGAGCUCAAAAGGUAGCAGCUUGUGGGAUUCUUGGAGCAAAAGAGUUGAGCAUGUCAGAGAUCUAAGAUUUAGCUUGGAUGGGGACGUUUUUAAACCUGAUUUUGCUCAGAUAUUAGACGCUGGUACUAAGCAAGUUCAUAGUGGAUAUAGUGCAGAUAACGUCUCUGAACGUGAUUUUCUUCGAACUGAAGGUGACCCUGGUGCUGCUGGUUACACCGUCAAAGAAGCAGUGGCUCUAACUAGAAGUGUGGUUCCAGGGCAAAGAGCUCUUGCUUUACAUCUGAUUGCAUCUAUCCUUGAUAAGGCAAAUUGCAGUAUAUACCAACAUCAAGUUGGUUGUAAUAUGAAGUUUGCUGAGUCUGAUGAGUCUAUUGACUGGGAGGCUAUAUGGGCUUUUGUCCUUGGUCCUGAACCUGAGCUUGCUUUAUCACUUAGAAUAUCUCUUGAUGAUAAUCAUAAUUCUGUGGUCCUGGCUUGUGCCAAAGCCAUUCAAUCUGUGCUAAGCUGUGAUAUAAACGAAAGCUUCUUCAAUAUCUCAGAGAAAAUACCAACCUAUUCACAGGAUCUUUUUACUGCGCCUGUAUUUAGAAGUAAACCAGACAUUGAUUCUGGUUUUCUUCGUGGUGGCUUUUGGAAGUAUAACACAAAGCCUUCUAAUAUUUUACGUUUUGAUGAGGAUACCAUAGAUGAUAAAUCUGAUGGUGAACACACCAUUCAGGAUGACAUUGUUGUUGCUGGGCAGGAUAUUGCUGCAGGCUUGGUUAGGAUGGGAAUUCUUCCAAGGAUAUGUUAUCUCUUAGAGACAAGCCCUUCGCCACCUUUGGAAGAAUGUUUAAUAUCUAUUCUCAUUGCAAUAGCAAGGCAUUCCCCAACAUGCGCAGCAGCAAUUAUUAAUUGUGAUAGGCUUGUUCAGACAGUUGCCAACAGAUUUGCUGCGAAUGAACAGAUUGAAAUAUAUCCCUGCAAGAUAAAAUCUGUUAAACUCUUGAAAGUGUUGGCUCGGGUCGAGAAAAAGAAUUGCAUAAUGUUGAUCAAGAAUGGGAUUUUCCACAAGGUGACAUGGCAUUUGUAUCGAUAUCCAUUCUCUCUUGAUCAAUGGGUAAAAUCUGGAAGAGACGUUUGUAAACUUUCAUCAGCUUUGCUGGUUGAACAGUUGCGUUUCUGGAAGGUUUGCAUUCAGUUUGGAUAUGGCAUUUCUCAAUUUCCUGAUUUGUUUCCUUCAUUGUCCAUUUGGCUGAAUGUACCUACGUUUCCUAAACUAAUUGAAAAUAAUGUCAUAAUUGAAUUUGCUGCCAUCACCAAGGAAGCUUACCUUCUUCUGGAUGCUUUAGCUAGCAGGCUUCCCAAUUUCUAUUUACAGAUGCAUCAAGGAAUGGAGGUUAAUGCUGAAGAUACGGAGGUUUGGGCAUGGAGUCAAGUUGGUCCUAUAAUUGAUUUAGCCAUUGAGUGGACAAAAGUAAAAAGCAUUCCAUAUAUAUCCGGAUUCCUAGACUGGGAUGAAGCUGGUGGAUAUUUUAUUUUGCAGGAUUCAGAAGUAAAUUGUUUGUUAUGGAUUAUUUCUUCUGUCAUGCAUAUGUUAUCCAAUGUGCUCAAAGCUGCCACUCCAGAUGAUGUGAAAAGUUUGUACAAUGGGCAUGUCCCAUGGCUGCCUGAGUUCGUACCUAAGAUUGGACUUGAAAUUAUUAGAAAUGGAUUUAUGAGCUUUUCAGGGGUAAAUGGUAUGGCGUCUGAUGAUAACACUGCUGGAAGUGGCUCCUUCCUUGGGUAUCUGUGUCAUCUAAGACAAAAAAGUGGCCAUGAAACAUCAAUAUCUUCUACAUGUUGCCUUCAUGGAUUGGUACAGGUAGUUGCUUCCGUGGACAAGUUGAUCCACCUUGCUAAACACGAGUUUCAGAAUGCAUCAGCUGAAUAUCAAAAUUUUACAAGGGAUGAUAAAAUUCUUGCAGAGGGGAUAUUCCACUCCUCUUUGGUUGAAUUAGGCGCUUUGCUGUCAUCCUUUAUGAAGUUAAUUAGCAAUGGUUGGCAAUGUAUACAGUCCAUUGAGAUGUUUGGAAGAGGUGGGCCAUCUCCAGGGGUAGGUGUGGGCUGGGGUUCCCCUGGUGGAGGAUAUUGGUCUACAACAACUUUAUUGGCUCAACAAGAUGCAAGGCUGGUUAUGUACUUGCUUGAAAAUACUCAGAAUGCCUUUGCCAAAGAUCUAUUAACAGAUGAGGAGGUGUGCUUUACAAUGCAAAGGAUAAAUUCUGCUGUCAAAGCAUGUAUGAUUGCAGGACCUAGGGAUGGCGCUGUUGUUGAUAAGCUGCUGGAUAUCUUGUUACAAGUUCCUGUUCUGAAGCAUCUCGAUUUUGGUAUCCGCCGGUUUCUUUCUCAUAGAGAAGGAUUCAGACCCUUUGGGUGGAAAUACGAAGAAGAGGAGUACCUGCUGUUUGCCAAUGUUUUAUCUACACAUUUCAAAAACAGAUGGCUCAGUGUAAAGAAUAAAUUAAAAACCACGGGUAACCACAAGCAUGUUAAUUGCAAAAGACACAAGAAAGGUAGUCUUCCUCUAGAAACUAUUCACGAGGAUACAGAUAGACCCCUCACGGUUGGUCAAGGGCCAACUUCCUUGAUAAUGGAGUGGGCUCAUCAGAGAUUGCAUCUUCCUAUACAUUGGUUUCUCAGUGCAAUAUCGACUAUUCAGUAUGAGAAAAACAUCGAUAUUCCUGUAGACUUUGUAGAAAUUGCUAGAGGUGGACUUUUUUUUCUCCUAGGUAUUGAAGCAAUGUCUACUUUCGUUGCUGUGGAGUUCCAGUCUCCUGUCAAUAAUAUUCCAAUUGUCUGGAAAUUGCACGCUUUGUCUGUCACCUUACUUGGUGGAAUGGGUGUUCUUGAAGAAGAAAAGAGUAGGGAUGUUUAUGAAACUUUGCAAGAUGUGUAUGGGAAAGUCCUUGAAAAAUUCAAUAUGGAGUCCCUUUAUUUCCAGUCGGAGAUACAUGAGAGUUACUCUACAUUCAUAGAAAAUCUUGUGGAGCAAUUUGCUGCUGUGUCUUAUGGUGACGUGGUAUUUGCUCGGCAAGUUGCAAUCUAUUUGCACAGACGUGUCGAAGCUCCUGUAAGGCUGGCUACAUGGAAUGCUUUAUCUAAUGCACGAGUUCUUGAACUUUUUCCACCUUUGGAGAAGUGCAUUGCUAAGGGUGAUGGUUAUCUUGAACCUGUUGAGGAUGAUGAAAGAAUCUUGGAAGCUUAUGUGAAAUCAUGGGUUUCUGGUGCUCUUGACAGAGCAGCAACUCGAAGAUCAGCAACAUUCACAUUGGUUCUACACCAUCUUUCAUCUUUCCUUUUUGAGAAUGUUUGUGAUAGUACACGCACUCUGCGCAAUAAGUUAGCAAGAUCUCUGCUGCGUGACUGUCCUCGUAAAGAGCAACGUCAGAACAUGUUGAUGAAAUUAAUACAGUACAAGAAGUCAAUCCCCUGUGCAGAGCCCAUAUCAGAUGUAGCUUCAUCUCUACAAAUUUGUUUAGGGAAGAGGUUCCAAUUAUUGAAAGAAUCUUGUGAAGGAAACUCCUUGCUUAUAACUGCAGUGGAGGAACUGGAGUCCUCAACUAACUUGCAUAUUGAGGGCAUGAGAUUAUCCUAGAGCUUUUCUUCAAUGCAUCAACCUGAGCAGAUGGAUUUCUUAUUGCCUACAGAACCAGACUGCAGAUGUUACUUCAUAUUCGGUACACGGUAUUUGGAUAGUGUUGGACUGUAUAAUGAACAAUAUUUAUUUUAUUAGGAAAAUGUACAAUUGGAAAUGAGUUUUUGAGGAAAAAUUGUUUUUCAAAUUAGUUGUGCCAAACAAACGUUUAGUUGGCUUGGAUUAUUUAAGUUACAGGGGAAUUCGUAAUGGCAUAGAAGACGUGGAGGGUAAAAUAGCUAUUAAAUGAUGACUUUUAAAUUCA